AUGUUCGUAAAAGACGGUGAUUCUCCAAAGAAGAUUCACACGUCAAUGUUCGCAGGAGGAGACGAGGGGCAAAGGAAGGGCGGCCGAGGACGCAACCAGCGGAAGAACCAGACGCCACAAGCGCAGUCCCCACCGGCUGCUGGAUGGGCUCCUCCUCCACCUCAGGCACUCCCGCCGGAUCUGGCGGCGUUUGGAGCGUAUCCCAACCCCUAUGCAGGGAUGCCGCUUCCCUACGCGCCGGGUCCACCCCCAGCGGGUGGUUACAACGCGUACAUUCCGUACCCUACUCAGCCCUACACAAUGAUGCCGCCGCCGCCGAUGUACCCAGGAAUGCCUGCCAUGCCGAUGUUCCCUCAUAUGCCUGUGCCGACAAUGCCUGAGCAAACGGCUGCAUCAUCCAAGAACGCGAAGUCGCGCAACAAGCCUGAGGCAGGCGGAGGAGGAGGCAAGAACGCCCGCGAGCCGAAGGGCAAGAGGCGGACCAAGGGCAAGAACGCCAAGGACGAGCCGAGCGCCGCAAUCGAAGACGAUGCAAACCUCAGCCUGUUGUUGAACCAGGUUCGGCGGAAGCAGCGAGAUGUGACACUCGAGGAGGUUUUGACCGAGAAUUUGGUCGUGGAGUUCGCAAAGGAUCAGCAUGGCAGUCGAUUUCUGCAGCAGAAGUUGGAUGAGGCAUCGCCUGAUGUCAAGCAACGGGUCUACGCGGCGAUUCAGGAUGAUGCUGCAGAACUGUCCAAGGAAGUCUUCGCCAACCAUGUGGUCCAGAAGAUUUUUGACACUGCAGACACAGAGCAGAAGAAGGCCUUGGUGCGGGCGCUGGCGGACAACGUCGCGGCGCUCUCGCAAGACCAGUACGGCUGCCGCGUCAUCCAGAAAGCCAUUCAGGCUGUCUCCAAAGAGUCCCAGCAGCAGAUUGCGCGGGAGCUGGAGGAUCACGUCGAGUCCUGCAUCAGGAACAUGCAUGGAAAUCAUGUGAUUCAAAAGUGCAUCGAGCAGAUGCCGCCGGACUCCGUCAACUUCGUCAUCAAAGCUGUGGAACAGAAGGCUGAAGAUACUGCGAAGCACGUGUACGGCUGCCGUGUGAUCCAGCGCCUUCUGGAGCACUGCGUUUCAGCGCAGCUGGAGCCAAUGUUGGAGAAAAUCCUUAUGAAUGUGGCCGUUCUGGCAAAAGAUGCCUACGGCAACUAUGUGGUGCAGCACAUGCUCGAGCACGGCCGCAAGGAGGACAAGAAACGUAUCAUCGAGACGAUCCGGCAAAACAUUGCCGAGUUCUCGAAGGAAAAGUUCUCGAGCAAUGUGGUCGAGAAGUGUUUCGAGGCGGCCACUGUGGGCGAAAAUGCGGAUGACCCGAUGAUCCAGCAGGAGCGCAACUUGCUGAUGCGAACGGUUCUAGAGAGGCCGGAAGUCAUCUAUGCAAUGUGCACCAACACCUUCGGCAACUACGUUGCCCGCCUGGCACAUUUACGCUCGGGGGCCGUGUUCUAUUGGGGGGGCCAAAGUGGCUUGCUUGUGUUCUCGGAAGGCUGCAGGAACUAG